GCCGCGCCCCGCGGCCCCCGCUGAGCCCCGCCAUGGGGCCGCGGCACCUGCUGCUGCCGCUGCUCCUGCUCUCCCUGCAGCUCCUGGCCCUGCUGCUGGCCGCGCAGGCGGCCGGUCCCCCCCGCGCCAAGGGCAACCGGACCCAGGGGGCGGCGGCGCCGCGGCGGACCCCCAAGCCGGGCAAGGAGCUCCUCAACCAGACGCUGGCGGGCCCGGGGGCUGCCGCCCCCACGGCGCUGCCCGGGCGCGGGAAGGGCGCGGGCGGCGGCAGGACGCCCCCCGGCGGCGGGGGCGGCGGCGGGGGCUCGGCCCCGGCCCACGAGACGUGCUGGGGGUACUACGACGUGAGCGGGCAGUGGGACAAGGAGUUCGAGUGCAACAACAGCCUUACGGGCUUCCGCUACUGCUGCGGCACCUGCUUCUACCGCUUCUGCUGCAACAAGCGCGCCGAGAAGCUCAACCAGAGCCUGUGCCGCAACUACAAGAGCCCCGAGUGGGCCCACCCCACCACCGCCAGCGGAGCGCUGCCCGCCGACGGCAGCAACGGCGCCGACGGGGACGCCAACAAGUACGACCCGGACAAGGACAGCACCAACGCCACCGUCUACAUCUCGUGCGGGGCCAUCGCCUUCGUGCUCAUCGCCGGCGUCUUCGCCAAGGUGGCCUACGACAAGGCGCGGCGCCCGCCCCGGGAGAUGAACAUACACAGGGCUCUGGCUGACAUCUUAAGGCAGCAGGGACCAAUCCCAAUAGCACACUGUGAAAGAGAGACUAUCUCGGCCAUAGAUACCUCCCCCAAAGAAAACACCCCAGUCAGGACAUCUUCCAAAAACCAUUACACCCCUGUGCGCACCUCCAAAAGUAACCCAGGUCACUAUGGAAAGGAUGUUUACCGAAGUGGAGGGCCAGAUCUCCAUAAUUUCAUCUCCUCCGGGUUUGUCACGUUAGGAAGAGGACACACGAAGGAUGACCAAGAACAAAAUUAUAAUCACCUGAUACUAAACAGUGCCACCCAGACACCUACACAUGACAAGCCACGAAUGAACAACAUCCUUACUUCUGCCACCGAACCCUAUGAUCUGUCUUUCUCCCGGUCCUUCCAGAACCUCUCUCACCUCCCACCAUCCUAUGAGUCUGCUGUCAAGACAAAUCCAAGUAAAUAUUCUUCUCUGAAGAGACUAACUGACAAAGAGGCUGAUGAAUACUACAUGAGGAGGAGACACCUGCCCGACCUGGCAGCCCGGGGCACGCUCCCUAUCAACGUCAUCAAAAUGUCUCAACAGACCAACCACAGAGAGAGGCCUCGCCGUCCCAUCAGGGCCAUGUCCCAGGACAGAGUGCUGUCUCCUGAGAGGAUCAUGCCCGAGGAGUUUAGCAUGUCCUAUGAACGGAUCCUCUCAGACGAGCAGCUUCUGUCCGCGGAGCGCCUCCACUCCCAAGACCCCCUGCUCUCCCCGGAGCGGUCGGGGUACCCCGAGCAGUCUAUGUCACGGGCAUUGUCACACACAGACGUCUUUGUAUCAACACCUGUCUUGGAUCGCUACAGGAUGACAAAAAUGCACUCCCAUCCUAGUGCCUCAAAUAACUUGUACAAUACCUUAGGUAUGAACCCAACCUCCGCCAAGCGCCAAGCAUUCGCCUCCCGACGGCACAACACAGUAGAACAACUGCAUUAUAUUCCAGGACACCACCAUCACUACCGCACAGCAAGCAAAACAGAGGUGACUGUUUGAUAUGACCUCGUGCAUUGUAGAUACUCAUUAAGGACUGGGGUGGCCACAGCACCCCAUACUGCAGUGGCCUUAUAGGCCAAGAUAACCUCUAAUAACUCAGUGUCUGAAAAGACUUCUCUGACAGUCCCAUCCACAUUGUUGUUUUUAAAGCCACCCCUUCAUCAGUGACAUAAGAAGAACUCAAGCAAACAGACGAUAGUGAGGGAUAAUAGAGGAAAUUUCCUGACAUGCAUCAGUUUCUGUCAAAGAAAGCCAUAGUAGUAGAUGGCUCCUUCCAAGGGCUCACCUACAUUAUCUCAUUGUUUUUAUGAAUUUAGGACUUUUCAGUUGCUACAAGUAGGAACAGUCUCGUGCAGCCCAAGACAGGGAGGAGGAAAUGCAGCACCCCAUCCGGGUGGAAAGGAGCCCUGUUCUCGGUCCUCAUGCCAGCCCUCAUGUUUGGCCUUUCUGUAGCAAGUAGAUAAGCUUCUGGCUGCUGGGGAUCACCUCCAGACCGCUCGAUAUUAGCCAGCAUCCAUACAUCUGUUCUUCCUCACCCUUGGAGCAUAUUCAAGGGCAGACUUCUCUAGGGGACUGGCAGAUCUAGGGACAAGAAUAGCCUGGCUGAGAAAUAAAGUUUUAGUUUAUAUUAAAUAUACUCAUAAGAUAAAAAUAUACUAGUGCCUACAAAUCGCCUGCUCUCUCAGUGUAGGAAGUAGUGGGGUUGAUGUGUUCAAUAAGCACAAAUAUGCUGAAAUGCUUGUUAGACCCUUUUCUCCACUCAUUCUAGUAUCUUGGUGUCUCCAACAUGUAAAUAGGGAGGAAUAGGGUUUCUCUUCCUCCAGCUUCUUGCCACUGCUGAACCUAAAGCAUCAGAAUUUGUUCAGCUUCACACUGCUGACCCGUGCUGGGGGAAGUCCUGACUCCACUGAGACCCCUGCAAGGCAAGGCUACCACAUGUUUAACUGAGCCUGGAUUUCUCCCCAGAAGUUUAUUUUCCUGAUAGCAUUUUCCACUGGCCCAGUUCCCUUGUUUCUGAACAUAUUUUCUUCUCUCAGUUACAACCUAGAACUCCAUAUGUAGCAAAUCUUUUUCUUGCCCUUAGCAGAAGCACAAAGCUGAGGGUGUCUGUCUACCAAAAAGCAGGUCAGUAAUUUUCUUUGAUUUUUUUCUCCAUGUAAUGGCCCCCCCCAAGAAAACCUUCCAAAUUCCAAUUCCACUAAGUACCAAUCCUAACCAUGAAGACAGUUACAUUUCAUGCAUAUAAAUUAUAUAUCCAGCAUAAUUAUAAUAAAUGGGCAUGUUGUAUAUCUGAUAUACUGCUAAUUAGAUAAUGUAUAUUUGUAAAAUCUUUAAAAUGUAGACUUGUGGGUCCAGAAUUUGUGAGGGUUUUAUCUUUGGCUUUCUAGCCAGAUUGGGCUUUGCUUUGUUUUUUGUUGGUUUUGGUUUUGUUUUGGUUUGGGUUUUUUUCCCUUGUAUUUGUGUUCCUAUCAAAUUCUGUAGAACUAACUCACACUAGAACAGGCUUCUGUGGCCAGGAAAGGGUCUCAGAGGUUUUGAAGGCCAGCUGCACCCAGUGCUGUAACUGUUAAUGCUGGACGCUCUCUGGCAUUCACUGUCCAUUGUGUGCACUCAAAGCCCCACCACAUGCACACACCCAUGCUGCCAAUCCAAAUGGCAGGCGUGCUCCCUCCUCUGGGUGAAAUGACGACUGACUUCAGGCUGUAAACACAUUCUCAUACAGUACUUCUCUCUUUAUGUCCUACAUUCCCAGACUGAGUCUUUUCCUACAUGGCUCUUCACUAAACUUCAUUUAAAUUAGCUCUGCCCUUCUCCUUCCCCUCAAAUACCUCCCACCUCCUGGCCUUAAUGAUGUUCCAAGCUCAACAUGUCAGUCCUGUAGCAUACAAUGAUUGUAGGUUGUUGUGAGCUUGAGUCUUGUCUAGAGGCUUAUGAUGCAGCACUAGGUUCUUCUGGUGCAGGGUAGGCAGGAGGAGCAUGCUGUCUUCCCUCAGUGGGAUUUAGAGGUAGGUCUCUGUGGGAUGGCCAUGUGGCCUUUCUCUUUCCCAGACUGUCCUGGGGCUGCUGGUCUUAGUUCAUGAGCUUUCUUCUGCCCCAUCUGAUGGAGACUGUGUUCAGAAAGGACUCCAUCUGUGAGAAGUACUGGAGCUUUGUUUGACGGAAACUGAGCUGGGAAGGAAUAAAUAAGAGUCUCCAUGGUUCAGAUGGUCAUUACCAUGCAGCCUUGGGCAAAAUCAUUCUGGAUAACAACCAGAAUUGCCUAUGGAUCAGAGUGGCAGUUCAUGGCAUGGGAGAGACGAGAGAGAAAAGGCUCACACCUCAUCUCCUGACCCCUUCCCUUGAUGGACACUUCUCUCCCCUGACUACCUCCAAGCUCCUCAGCUCAGUCACUGGAUAUUUCUUCACAGAAGGCAAUCCCUGUGAAAAUACCGCUCUUGCUGACCUUCCCACGGACUGAAGUUUGUGACUCUUAAGAGAAGAGAAACGCACAUGGCUGAUGGGGAGGCAGUCCCUGCUGAGGUUCUGGGGCUCUUCCAUUCUCUCUUGGCCCAAGAAAAGCCAGGAUCUUCCUCUCUUCAGGCAGGGAGAUGUGAACACUGUGGGAGAGGAGAGUCCACCCUAGAGUCUCCAGGAGUUGAGGUGGCAGAGCCAGAGGAGCAGAGGUGACCAUGUGAGGCCACGGGUAGGUGAACACUCCUCUCUUUCCAUUUCCAUAGCUGUAUGUCUUAAGCUCUAGUCUUCAUCUAAAUGUUCCAUUCGUGAACUAAGAAGCUGCUGGACCAGAUGCAGAUAUGGAAAUUUUUCACUCAAGUAGCCCGUGCAGAUGCUGUGCUGUGCUCCAGGCCAUUUGACCUCAGAGCCUUCUCUUAUUCAGACUGACAAAUAGCACGGGUUGUCUGCUAACUUGUCCUACCUGGGCAAUAAUACUCCAAAGAAAUCUUAGCCCCAUUUCUUCGUCUUUUCCACCCACUCAACUGUUUUAAGCAGAUGUGUCCCACAAGAACCAUCAAAAAGAUUUUCUAGGCCAAAUCUCUUCAGGGACUCUGCCACCAACACAGAAAAUUUUCAGCAAAUUUAUCUGGGGAGGCACCAUGCCCUGGAUGACCACAAUUUGUUCCUGGGCACCAUGGUUUGCUUUGUGUGCUGGAAUGGGUUGGUAGCUAGAUCAGUGGCAUUUCAGCACGCACAGAUGUUCUUACAUCAUUUUUUUCCUUAUUCCUUGUUCUGAGAAUUUGUCACUGAAAAGACACUUAGUCCAGGACUGUGUGUCAUGACCCACAGCCUGGUCCCCAGCACUUCGGUUCCCCAUGUUCAACAUGUGAUGAUAAUAGUACACUUUCCUAUUCCACAGAGGCAUUAUGAGGGUUCAUACCACAAUGCCUAUGAAGUGCUUUGAGACCCUCUCACAACAGACACUGUAGAACAGCAAGGCAUUUUUAUUAAUAUUGUUUGUCACCAUUGUCCUGCCACAUCAUGUCUGAUACGUUGCAAUCCAGCGUCUGUCCAGAAUGAGAGUGCUGGGGUGGGGGGAAGCAGUUCCCCAGAUUUCCCAUUGCUCUCCUUCUGGUCAGGGUUCCUAGCAGGCAGCAGCUCUAAGGGAUGCUGUUACCUGUACUUUGACCUUUCUGCUUUCUUCUCCUCAUGUCUGAGUCACCAUGACAUUCUGCACUCAGGAGAAAAGCAGGAAGCAGUCACAUUCCUCCGUACAGUAAAAUAUAAUCUGCCUUGAUUAAUCUAAUAUACUCUGAAGAAUUGAUCUGUCUUUUUCUCCAACCCACAGGUGGAAACACACAUCUGUGGAGCAUCCAGUUCCCAGAGUGCAUGUGCAGGGACUGGGGGAGGGUGAUGCAGAAAAGUUUAUAUUAUUUCCUACAAACUGAUAAUUAUUUGCAUUCCCCAAGCAGCAACAAAUAGUGAGCUGCACUGGAUUUUAUACAACUCUCUCAUUAGUACAGAUACAUGUAUGUAUAUGUAUAUACACACAAACACAUAUAUAUACAUACAUACUGUAAAAUGCAAUCAUUAAGCUCUGACUGACCCUGUGCCAAUCUAAGCUUCCAAACUAUAUUGAAUCACUCUUUGAAAUGUGGAAAACUAUUUUUAAUGAACCACACAGAUCACCACAUGGAACGGAAAUUUUGUCAUGUCUUCUAAUGCCAGUGACUUGUGUUUUAAGGAAAAAUGAAAUAUUUUUCAAUGUUUUAAUGUUCCUUUUAUAAAUGAUGAUCUGUUACUUGGGGAUUGGGGUGGGUGGGUGGGAAGAAACAGGGACAGUUACCUGGGAGUAAGCCCUCCUUUCCUGGCCUAGAUUUUAUUUCUGUCUACUGUUCUGCUAGCCUGGCUGGCUGCAAAGCUGGUCCCAUGUACCUGGGCUUCCUGUAUGCAUAUUUCUGUUCUUGUGUCUAUCAGAAGCAUUCCCACCAGGAACCUUCAAGAGCCUGGCAUCAAGCUUUGGUAAGAGAUGGGUGCCUCCUGGUACCUGGGAAGAUGUCUUCAUUUUCUUCCACCACAACAAACAAAAUUAUCAUGAAACAGUGUAACUUUAAUUGUAUUUGAAGUACGCGUUCUAAUUUGUGAUCAAUUCGCCAUCUGCAGUUCAUGUGAUGGAGAAAUAGCUUGUCUUAGUUUUGUUUCAGAUUUAGUGUUUAAUCUGGAAGGAGGGACUCUGCUGAAAUAUAUUUAACAUAUACAGAUUUCAUGUUCAAGUAUAUUUCAGAUGAGUAAAAAGUUAGUAGGGGAAAUAUGUGAGAAAGGGGCUUAAAUAUUUUCAUAAAAAUUGUUGUUAGCAAUAAGCCUGUGUUGGGGCUGCUUCUUAGAGAACAGCUGCUUCUGUGUUGUAUGUCUGUAAGUGUAUGGUGGAAGGUAUCGUUCCCAGCCUCUCUUAGCUGGUUCAUGGCUGUCAAGGAGGUGCCCUCACCGAGCCCAAAACGCAACUGGGAAAACCAACCUAUGCUUCACCCGCUGGCAGCCCAGGGACAAAGGGGAGAGUUGGAUGAUCCCAUUUGAGCACGUUAGUGUAAAUCUGAAAGAGAUCUCUGCUCUCAGCAGCGAGUGAAGCGGUGUCCCGUGUCUCCUCCACGACCGCACGAUGUUCGGGAGGUGUCCAUCUCCACCGCCUCCACUGCAGGGAGAUGUGUGUCGCGCCACCCUGACCCUCUGCCCAUGUGCUUUGUAACGGCUUCUGACCUUCUGUCUGCAAACCUGUUAGACAUUUUUGUAGCAAGAAUUUCUUGGCUCUGAGAAAGACACUUCUUACUGUAAUAUUUUUAGUUUGGGGGACAAUAUUUCCUAAGAGGGGUUAAGUGGAUAUUUUUGUGCUUUAGCCCAGUUUAUGGAUUCCAUGUUUAUUAUACAGUAGUACUGAAGAGGAAGUACAUUUGUAUCUGUAACUUUGCACAGACUCUUGGUUAACCAUUAAACGAGCUUCAAGAUGAGCAGUAUUUGACUGUUUUUCUCUGUAUUAUUCUUGUUGUUAUACUUACCUGUAAAAGCACAUUCUGUAUGUACUGUAAACAAAAAUAUUAUCAGUUUAGUAAAAUUUAGAGUCUUAAGGAUUUUUCCACUUUUGUCAGUAACAAAUAUUUAUGGAUCAAAAAAUAAAGGCAAUUUCAACAUAUAAAUUGUUUCUUUUUUGAUAUCUAUUGGGGGAAAAAAAAAAAAAAGCCGUUUUCUUGGCAGCCUUGCCAAUCUUUGUAACCAGCAUUUGAAAGGUAGAUAUCUAUAUUCUGUCUGUAGUUAAAUAGCAUCUAUUAAAAUGAAUGCUAUAAGGUC